AUGCCGUACUCGGAAGACUUCCAGGACAUCCUCGAGGGCAUUGACGAGGCUCAGCUCCUGGCCGAGAUAGGCGAGGAGGAGCUCGCGCGCCAGGCCGACAUGCUCGACCUGCUGGAGAAGAAGGAGGCGACCGUCGAGGACGGGCAGCUUGUCCGCGCCCCCGCGCCGAACACACCUCAACGCUCUCAACCCGCUCACACUCCACACUCGCACACACCCCACUCGCACACGCCACUCACGCCCCGCACGCCGUUCAGGAAACACUCAAGCAGCACACUCACCGAAGGCGGACUCAGCAAGUUCUUCGAGCCUGGCUCGGAGGAGCGCCGCGCUGCCGAGGAAGAGCAGCUGAAGGCAGAUGAGGAAGACGGAGGGGGCCAGGACAGCGACGAGGAAGAACCCUUCGACUGUUCCGCCGAGCUCGUCGCGGUGUGGAACGAGCUGCAGGCACGUGUCGAGACCGAGAUCGAGAGUGAGUCUUCCUCCACUGUCUCUGCCUCCUCCCCUGCGCUGCUCAACAAUUUCUGUCCACGAGCUGACCCCAGCCUUCACCCAGACAUUCAUCACGGAUGCGUGCGUUCUCAUCUCUUCCCCACUGAUGGCAGGUUCAAGCUCGUGCUCGAGCUCUCGUCGGCCAUGCAGCGCCUGCACGCCGAGACGCGGGAGCAGCUCGAGGACCUGGUCUCAAACAUCCGCGAGGAAGAGGGGAGGCACGGUGAGCUGUCCAUGUCUUGGUGA